AAAGUAAAGAAUAAAACCUCGUAAACUGUUAUUUCAGUAAAGGGAACUCCCGCAGAAUUAAAGAUGUCGUUUGAGUUUCUAAUGUUCACCGGCGGUCACGACGCUCCGGGAGCGGAUCUAACGUUCACUCCUCCGCCCUCUGCUCAACGGCUGUUUCUUUUUUGGGCUUUUUUUUUUUUUUUUUCUCCUCCAACCCUCAGUCAUGUGAUUGUAACGUAAAACCCCUAAACCGGAAAACACCGACGGACGGACGACCCUCUCCGCCGCCGACGAAUGCUGCGUUCGCGAGGAGGAGCGGUACAAGCUGCUGCUGCGAGCCCAGAGAGGACGGACGAGUCCCCGGUGACAAAACCCCUACACACGGCGGCGACGCUCCACGGAUCUCCGCGGAGAAGCAGGUUGAAGAAUGGAGUUGGCCAACCAUGGUCUUAUCCUGCUGCAGCAGCUUAACGCUCAGAGGGAGUUUGGCUUCCUGUGCGACUGCACUGUGGCUAUCGGAGAUGUCUUCUUCAAAGCCCACAAAGCCGUCCUCGCUGCCUUCUCCAACUACUUCAGGAUGCUCUUCAUUCACCAGGACAGUGACUGUGUGCGCCUAAAGGCUGCUGACAUCCAACCAGACAUCUUCAGCUACCUCCUCAACCUGAUGUACACGGGCAAGCUUGCUCCCCAGCUGAUAGACCCUGCACGGCUGGAGCAGGGAGUCCGAUUCCUGCACGCCUACCCACUCCUGCAGGAGGCAAGCCAGUCAGUGUAUUCACAACGCGAGCAAAGCAUCAACCUCUCCACCUCCCUCUAUGGCAUCCAGAUCUCUGACCAGCAGGUGGCGCUGUCAGCCAGACUUGCCUCUCGACGGCAGCUCUCCUCUCCCUUAGAUGUCGAUCAGCUCAUGUCAGAGGGGAAGUUUCCAUCCACGUCGGCGGCCACAGCUUCGUACGGCAACUCCUCGCCAUCCAAGCUGGUUUCCUCGCCCAUAGACAUGGAGGCCUCAACCAGUUGUGCUAAGCCUGAUGGUGAGGAGGGGGGAGCCAGCAUGCUGACUGGACAUGGUUCCUUGGCCAAUGCCAUCCUCCAUGUGAAGCCCAGCAUCAUGAAGAGGAACGCCUCCUUUAGAAAGCAUUAUUCCUGUCACAUGUGCAGGAGCCGAUUCACCCAGAGAAGCCUGCUGAGAGAGCACCUCCUGCAGCACAGCCUAGCUGUUCAGCAGAGCCUGACUGAGCCCAGUAACGCACUCUCACCUGUCAUGUCGGUUGAACACAGCAUGUUAGAGGUAGAGGGGAUCCUUAGGGGAAGCAAGCCAGGGUCAAGUGCCUCCGCUGCAAGUACAGCGGUCGAGAUAAUCAGUGACAACGAGCAAACGCCUGUUUCAGGCACCAACUCAGACUCUCCCCGAGCAGAGGUGUCCACAUCCAGCUGGGGGGUGGGGGGAAUGAAUCAUCAGGCAGACACACCCCCUCCGUCAGACAUUGCGGACAUCGACAACCUGGAGAGCGCCGACUUGGACCGCGAGGUGAAGCGGCGGAAGUACGAAUGCUCCACCUGUGGCCGCAAGUUCAUCCAGAAGAGCCACUGGCGCGAACACAUGUACAUCCACACGGGAAAGCCCUUCAAAUGCAGCGCAUGUGGCAAGAGCUUCUGCCGGGCCAACCAGGCAGCCCGCCACGUGUGCCUGAACCAGGGCGCCGACACCUACACCAUGGUGGACCGACAGAGCAUGGAGCUGUGCUCCGCAGGAGACGACAGCAGCCAGAUGGAGGCGAUGUUCUUGGGCUCAUCAAAGCCUUAUAAGUGUAACAUUUGUGCGACCACCUUCUCCAGCCCCAAUGAGGUGAUCAAGCACCUGUGCUUCACCCAGGGGGGAUUAGUGGGACUUCAGGGAAACGCAGGAAUGCUGCUCCAACGUGAAGAUUUGUCUAAAGAUGAAGGCUCUGAUGCUUCCAACUCUGGCACCCCGCUAGAACCCAUAAAGACUGAGGAGAUCCUCGUAGAGUAGUGCCAAAACUGUGUUUCUGUCCUUUUUAACAUGUUUAUCUUCUAAAUUAUGGUUAAUACGUAAGCUAAAGCUAGUCAGGGUAUGUAUGUUGGAGGUUCUCAUGCUAAUAAUUAAAGUUUUUUGGGGGUUUUGUUGAGUACAGUAUUUUUCUGUUUAUUUGAUCCUGUGUUUGAAAAUGUUUAAAGUUAAUGGCCUUCAUCCACAUCAUAAAGAAAAGCUAAAAGUGAAUACAAAUCACAUUUGGCUCAAUGUUAAGCUAAACCCCAACAAGGGAGAUGAAAGUGUUUCCUCUCGUCGUUUUAGAGUCAGAGGCUGCACACGCAGACGUUCUGUACAAAAGGAAGAGGAAGCGGAGACAGUUCCGGAAGAGAAGGCAUGUUGUGAGAUGAGUUGGCUGAGGGAAGGUUUGUGGAGAGGAAACUUCUAACAAACCCACUCGAGCUGAACAGGACAGCUGUUUCUCUAUGGUUGUAUUCAGCGGCUGAUUCUGCACAUCCGGUCUAGAUUAUAAUCCCUGCUCAAAGCACACAGAAUAUUCAGGCAUGAGACAAUCUGAGUUGAUGUGAGAAAGUACAUUUCUCUUCCAUUUACGUUUUGGCUCAGCAGAAUGAACGUCUUGAAAUGUAGAGUUAGGAAAGUUAAUCACACCCUUCAACGCAACCACCAACUUUGUUUGGCUGGAUUCUGUGUGAUUGCAACAUAUUAAAACACAACAGAUGUUGGUCAAAUCACAAGAAACCUUGAUUAUUUCAACUUUUCUUAUUUACUUGUUAUGUUGUGUAACUCUUAAAUAGGAACAUGCCCCCCCCCCCACACAAAUACCUUGGUGCUAGAUGAUCCUGUACAAUGUUGUCUGCGUUAUCAUUUGCUUGCAUCUACUCUUAAAAAAACCUAAAUUCAUUUCACAUGCUUUUCUAAUUUUGUAUACAGCGCUAUAUUUACAAAGAAUACAUUAUAUUUCAAAGUUGUAUAUAUCUAUAAGUAGACAAAUAGGUUUCAAAGUAGGAAUACAUUUGGUUUAACAAGAGUAUGUUUUAGGGAUGGGCAUGAGUCAAAUCUGAGCUGGAUUAUCUUUGUUUAAACUUUUAAGAACAAGUUCUAUUUUAAAGAUAAUUCUUUUCCCAUUGCCAAAUUUUUACUAAUUGCUAACCUCCUUAUUCAUUUUUUUUGUACAAAGGGAAACUUUCUCUGUAUUGUAGAUGGAUAAUAAUGUAAAUCUUCUGACAUUUAUAUUUGUUUUUUAUCUUUGUCCCGAUCAGAUAGGAUAUGUAGUGGUUGCAACAUUAGUAGUUUAUUUUAAAGGACAAAACAUUGAUGGGAGAAAAUAUGAUAAAGUUUGUUUCAGUGUGGAGGUCUCAUUUAAACUCAGGCAAAGGUGACAGUGUGACAGAGAGUUGGUUUUAAUAUGAUGUUUGCGAGAAAUCCGUGAACAGGGUGAUGUCUCUGGACACGUGUGUUAUAGAAAUGUGUUAUUUAUUAUAAACGUACAGCAACAUCUAAUCUUUGGGACAACACCGACACUUCCUGUGUACUACUGAUGACUGGAAAUUGUGAAAAAUAUUUACAUCCAUGUCUAAUAAAUGUGAAGCAAGCGAAAGGAUGAGGCAGUUACAUAAUUUGUCACGUUUAAACAUGUUAAGCGUGAUAAUCCAGCUCCAGCAGUAUAAUUUGAAUAUGAGAUAAUACCAGUGAACAUCUGUUUUGAUUUCUCUGUCGCAAAUCUGAAAUUUAUCUGUGAACUUCUAUAAUUUUAUCAGUCACAUUUCACAAUGUCCUUGGCGACAGGUCUGUAAAACUGUCAAUAUUAUUGUUUCAUUCAGAAGUAAAUAAAUUCCAAACUGAAUUGUUGAGUUAGUAUAAAAUUACACUUUUUGGUGCAAGUUUGUUGUUUGGGGUUUUUCCAAUUAUCCAAUCCAUUAGAUUUCAAAAAGUCAUGUCCUCCAAAUUUCUACAUAAAAUCCAAUCAUUUCAAUAUCCUCUUUUGUUACCUGACACAGCAGGGAUUACAGUACACACCAGUUUAAUGCUUCACACAAUUUAUUAAUGUGAUUCGUAACAUAACUUCAAAGAUGAGUGAUUAACCGAACCACACAAAAUCACAUUAAUCCUUUAAAAAUAUUAUAAAACUUUGCCUUUGUUGAAUUUUUUGUACCUGUUUCCACUUUUUAAUUCUAUUUUAAUUUUAGAAAAAAAAAAAGCCCAUCCCUAGUACAUUUAAUGUGCAUUGUAUUUUUUUCUGUUUUUAUUUUGAGCCAUUUCCACCCUGACAAAAGUUUCAUCCUCAACUGUGGCUUUUUGGCAAUGAAGAUGACGACAAUGUUUUUGUUUUAUUUUGUAGUAUUGAGAAGUUGUUGCUCUGAUGCAAUGAGCCCAGUGUUUAGCUAGAUGGCGCUGUUCUUCUUUGCUCUGCUCAGGUCUGAGGUGAAGGGGAAAUCUAUCUGUUCUCUGUGGAAUAUAAAUCAAUAUUCAACACAUUGUAUUUCACAAAGAUUAAUGUUGAAUCAAUAAUAAAUUAUGUCUGUGAGCAUAAUCUAACAAGUGUUUCAUAUCAACUGACAGAGAAGGAUUCUUGUUUGUGUCUUGUUGAAAUGCUGUACUACUGACAUUCAUUUCUUAGAGCUCAAUUAAUUCAUGUGCUUUCUAUAUGAACCAAUUGAAAUGCUGCCCCCUGAAUUGGAUUGAUCGUCUCUAACGCAAGUCUACGUUGUGUCUUUUGUGUGUUUUAAACAUCUCAGUAUCUCAGGAAGAGGAGGAGUGUGAAAUAGUCUUUUCUGUCCACUGUUGUUAACCAAAUCAAUCACUUAAGGACGAGUGAGGACCCAACCCAUGAUACCUGAGUGAACACAUACCCCCCCCCCCAGUGCCCAUCUGACAUCUACUGUGAUCGGUCUGUGUUCUCAGGAAUGUGAGCAAUCCUUCUGUACAAACCCUUUUUCUUUCAGUGAAGAAUGAACAAUAAAAACGUGAUCUUUUUUUUUAUAA